AUGGGUCUCUUUGCUGGUCAUGAGCCCAUCGACCAAGCCGAGCUGGACAACUUCGGCGUCGAUUGGGUCGUCCACUACUCCUUCGAAGAUCUCGAAAUCUCGCAGGCUAUCGCCGAAUUCCGAACUUUGAUUCACGACCUGGAGGAAGCGCAUCUGCAGGUCCAGGUUCGCCAUGGUUACGGACCCUCCCUGCUGGUGUUCAUUCGCGUACCCCCCGAUCUCCUGGGGAACAUGGUUUACAAGUCUCGAGUCAAGGACUGGUUACACGGCAUUAUUCAUGAGUUCCCUGCGGGUGACGAUCUCACCGUUGUUGAGUCAGAAACCGCCGCGGAAGCCCUCCGGUCGGUCUAUCAUGCGGUGACAUGGCAAAAACACCUAGGAGGCGCUGGAAUCACCCCUAAAAUAGGCCAAUGGAAGAAUGUUCAGGCGGCCAUUCCUCUUCAGGAUCGCGCUGCUAAUGCGGAACUCUUGCGCAAAUGGAGCAAGACGCUCAAUCUGACUGCUGAAGAUCUGGACGCAAUUCGGGCGCUGUUCGGUGAAAAGGUCGCCUUUUACUUUGCUUUCAUUCACUGCUAUUCCACUUUCCUUGUUUUCCCUGCCGUCUGGGGUAUUUUCUGCUGGUUUUACUUGGGCCCGUAUUCCGCCACCUGUGCCUUCGUCAACUGCCUCUGGUGCAUUGUUUUCGUCGAGUACUGGAAGACUCGCGAGAUUGAUUUGAGUCUGCGGUGGAACGUGCGAGAUGUCGGAAUUCUCAAGGUUAACCGACCAGAGUGGGUCUGGGAUAAGGAAGUUCAAAACCCAGUGACAGGCGAACAAGUGAAGGUGUUCUCGACCCAGAAGCAGUUUCUUCGGCAGCUGCUCCUGAUUCCUUUUGCGACCGUAGCUGCUCUGGCCCUGGGCAGUCUGAUUAUACUGUCAUUCGCAUCGGAAGUUUUGGUCUCUGAGAUAUACACUGGUCCAUUCAAGGGCUAUUUGGAGUUCCUGCCAACCAUCUUGUUCUCACUGUCGUUGCCCUGGAUCACGAACACUCUCACCGAGUUUGCCAAGCAGUUGACCGACUAUGAGAAUUACCGCACCCAGGACCAGUACGAUGUCGCCCAGACUUCCAAGACCUUUGUCAUGCAUUUCAUUACCGCUUUUCUGCCCACCUUGCUCACUGCGUUUGUCUACGUACCCUUUGGCACAAAGCUGGUUCCUUAUCUGGAUGUUUUCCGCACCUAUGGUCUUAUGUCUGCCAACCUUGCCAAGGAAAUUCACAUUGACCCGGCUCGCCUCCAGCAAGAGGUGAUCUACUUGUCUGCGACCGCUCAAUUGCUCAACUUCGGUGAGGAGAUUGUCCUCCCCUACGUCAAGCAGACGCUUAUGCACAAGUGGCGUACGUAUCGCGACGGUCGCGAUGCCGCCCGUAUGCCUCGUCGCCAUUCUCAGCGCACUGAUCUGCUACUUGUCGAUGCACCCGAAGAGGCAGCCUUCCUUGCACGUGUCCGCGAAGAGGUGGAAGCGGACGAAUACAAUGUCCAUGACGAUACUCUGGAGAUGUGUGUCCAGUUUGGUUAUCUGGCCCUGUUCGGAGUGGCCUGGCCUUUGGUGCCACUGGGUUUCUUGGCCAACAACUGGCUAGAACUGCGGGGUGACUUUUUCAAGCUCAGUCUGGAAUGCCAGCGACCCCCACCCAUUCGGGCUGACUCGAUUGGGCCUUCUCUGCAGGGACUGGAAGUUCUCGCCUGGCUAGGCACUCUUUCCACUGCCGCAGUUGUGUGUCUGUAUGGUAAUGGCAUGGAGGGCGUGCAAUUGUCAUCCUUCCUCUUGACUCUGCUUCUGGCGGAGUGGGCGUAUCUUGGUGUGCGGUUUGUGGUGCAGACCGGCAUGGAGAGAAUCAGCUCUGCAACCCUCAAACGAGCCGAGGCCAAGCGCUACGCCAUGCGCAAGCGCUAUCUCGAGGCCACUUCAGGCAAUGUGUCUCCGCGGGGUAAGCCGCGCGUUCGCUUCGAGGACAAGGUCAGUGUGUACACCUCUGGUACCGAUGUGAGCACCAGUAAGGAGGGGCUGUUGCAGCCAGGACAUGAUGGCCCCCACCACGGACGUCAAUUUUGGUCGUGGGCGCCUCAGGAGGCGGCUGAUGCUGGAGUCCGCAUGAUCAAGGCGCUGAAUACCACCCUAGACGGGUCGAAAAAUGGACCAACCAAGUUGGCCAAGGGAGCGUAG